UACCACCAGCAAUGAUUAUCUCCCUUAUGUAAACGUUUCCAUGGACAUCUAAUAAUUUCUUUUUCGUAAUUUCAUGUUUUUAUGUUUAAAAAUAAUUUAUAAAUAUCAUGUUAUGAAUAUCAAGUAAAUUUGACCUUUAAUUUCUACGCCAGUAUUAGUAAAACGUUUAUUAAAGCUGUCAAUUAAUCGAAAAUUAUGACCAGCGUCGCCACUCCAGACUACGAACAGCCUCUUAUACCAGCCUCUGGUCGCUUUAUAUGGAAAGAGGAUGCAACAGGGAAGGGUGUCCUAGAAUGGAGCUCAAACAAUCCAAAUGCUGAUAGAGACAGAAGGCGAAGGAAGGGAAAUGAUGGAAAUAAAAGAAAUGAUAGAGUAUCAUCAAGUGUUGCGAAGAACCAGCCAUCGAAAGCUCGGGGUCGCGGCAACCACCCAAAGUCUCCAAGGCCACCAAUCAAGCCGACUGAUAGUCACAAUACUGUCACAUUGGAUGACAUAAAGUCUGUAGCUCUUGACAUGUUAUCAGAAGUUUCCGAUAUCUCUGAGACAUUUGAAGGCAUGUAUGGUACAGAACAGUUUGACAACUUCCUACGACAUCUUCUCACAUACUUCGGCUGUUUCUUCGAAAAGCUACACCAGGAACACAAACAGAACAUUUCUACCUACAUGGCUAAGACAUCAGAAGUGCGUGAACCAAGUCUGUCAGAGAAACAAGCUUAUGCUGAUUCUUUGGUCAAAUUGCAAGCUGCAGAAAAAUAUCUAGGACGAGCUUACUGUGUUCUUGUGUUAGGCCUAGGACUAGAGGAACAACACCAUAUGUCAUGUGGGCUAUCCCGAGUGUCAUCUACAGACAAGGACAGGGCCAUGUUUGAGACACUGUAUUCCUUCUGUACGUUUGUUGUAUGGAUCACAUUUAGGCGGAAGGAUUUUGAAGCUGUCAGAAAAGAAGUGGGCAGGAUGUUGAGAUCAGAUACAUUCAAUCCUGCAAUCAGAGUGAAGAACGCGCCUGAAGAAAAAGAAACAGAGAAAAAAGAUGAAAAGUCUGGAGAAGGAAAGAAAGAAAUCAAAGUUGAGAAGAAAAUUACACCUGCUGAGUACAGAAGACUACACCCGAAAAGGCCAGCUAUCAAAUCUAUUAUACAUCAGAGAUCCCCCGCCAUUGUAGCAAUACUGCCUUCACCUAAAGAAGAAGCUCAUUGGUUAUUCAAAACACGCAAUUUACUUGGUAAGGUGGACCAUGAAAAUGAGGAUGAAGAAGAGGAUCCAAACAAAACAAUCUUCAUGAUUGACAAAAGAAACUUCAAGAUUGGUAUAUUGGGUGACUUCCUAAGCCAGUACAACCCAGUCACACUGUCACCAAUGGGGGCGGAGAAUGAGGACGAGGAUAAUGAAGGGGAGGAGGGAGAACAGAAACCUGCUGAUGACACUGCCACAGAAAAACCUCAAACUGAGAGAGGAAUGAGUCGUACCCAGACAGCAGUAUCAGAGGCAGUGACUGAUGCCUUCACUGAGGACUAAAGCAGUUUUAAUAUUUGAUAUGCUUAAAGAGGGAAAAACAUGUAGAAGAAAAAAGAAUAUGACUGAAUUUUGAUCAUUCCCAAUGUUGUUAGCGUAAGGGUAAAUCAUACCUUCACUCAAGAGUUCUCUAAGGGUCCGUCCUACAUUUUAUUGUCUGUGAUAAAAUAGUAUUUCACUUGUUGCAUUUAAGAUAUUUUUUAUAAACACCUAUCAUCAAUAUAUAACAAUGGGCAGUGUUGCUCUCCUGCCAAGAUAAUAAACAUGUGUGUCCAUGUUUCCUUUUACAACAGUCUAGCAUCAAUUUUGGUCUGUUUUUUUAUAAAAUUAAUGGUUCAAUAAAACUAUUGUUCAUGAUUUUUUGAUCAUAAGAUUCAUUAACAAAACCUAUAUGGUACUAUUCUUAUAUAUUUGAUUUUUUCCCAGUUUAUGGUCAUGCAAGCAGUCAGCAAGUAGUCAGCAGAUAGUCAAAGAGAAUAUAAUACAAUCACAAUUAGCAAUAAUGUUUUACGCAGAGAAAUAUAUCUAUUUACAUGUCGUAAUAUAUCAUAGUUGUAAUUGCUGCAACAUUAGGAAUGGAACAAUAACAAAUUGACCAGAUGCCACAGGAUACAUUUAGAAUAGAUGAAAAUGAAUUGACCAAUUGACUAUUCACCACUUAUAAUGAACAAGAUAAUGACUUGGCACACUGGUACCUAUUACACACAAUUAUCUCUAUUGGCUAACACACUUGUUACCUGAUGAUGGCCAUUAUCAGUAUCUCACAAGCUGAUCUGUUGCCAAUAAAAUAAACAGGGACAUCCAAGAAAUCAUCUGCAUAUCAUUUCUUGAAAUGUUUUUCCAUUAUGAUCACUUAGUUCCUUAAGAAAGUGGUGUAAACUAUGUUUGUACCGUAUAUUGCACUUGAAAUUACAGGUCUAGGAAUGCAUUUCAUAGUGGCCAAACUUCACUGUUUAUAUUGUCAAAUUAUGAGUUUUGUUUUAAUUAAACUUUUAUGUAUAAAA